GACACGCAACGCAAACAACGAUAAAAAUUCAACAGGAUCAACUUCGCCAGAUGCAUCUGAUACAGCGAUGCGCAUCAAUGGAGCUCUCAGUAAUGAUUCAGAAAAUGAUACAUACUUUCUUAUACUUUAUUUGGGAACAGCUAUAUUUUCCUAUUCAGUGAAUGCUGAUAUAGUUAGAGUGGUUGUCUACGGUGCAAUCUACUUAACUGCCCGUAUUGUACAUUCUACGAUGUAUGUAUUGGGGCUGCAGCCAUUCAGAACACUGGCAUAUUUGGUUGGUUUGCUGUGCACAUUUGCCAUUAGUCUAGAUCUUGUAAUUACCAUGUCACGCAGCACAAAUUGAGUUAACCAGAUCCCUACGAACUUUCCUGUUUAUCCAAUAAAUGACGACUUCAUUAAUUUUUGUUUUGAAAGUAAUUAUUCAAAUCUGACGGACAAAAUUUACUAAAUGAUUGAUUAAAAUCUGUAACUCGAAAAAUUUAAUAAACAAAAAAGUUUGCAGAAAUAUUGAAUGCAUUACUUGAUUUGCAUUUUUACGAUAUAUGCAUGCGGUAAAUAAAAGAAUAAUAAUAAAAAUCUACAUAGGCUUGCUAGUUGCCAUAGAGAGUGUCGGUGUGGGUAUGGGUGUAGGUGGAAAUAAUGUGAAUUUUCACACUCACAUUCCAGUCACUUUCAAGCACAACUGAAUGAAUUUCAAUGAAAUCGCGUCUGUUGCAGACCUAGCAGCAGUAUUAAUUUUCUGAUUUUGUUGUGGCUUUUUAGAAGUAACCUAGUUAUCCUGAUUUUGACUGAAAACCCUGAUUCAUUCCUAUAGGACUAUACCUAAACGGUUAUAAUUCAUUCUUGUAUUAUGCACAAUUUAUUUUUCAAAUUUUCUCUAAAAAUAUCUAUAGGAUAUCUUAAGAGAGAGCCCAUGACAGCACCAAGGAACCGAAGCACUCGUGAAAAUUUAAAUUUUUGAUUUUUUAUGUGCAUUUGGAAGGACAAGGGUGGGUGUGGGUGUGGAUGAGUGGUGUGGGUGGGUGUGGGUCUGGUUGUGUGGGCGUUGUUGUUUCGAUUUACCCACACCCAAACCCAACUCAACGACCCUUGGGGUCUUUUUCAUUGAUGAUGAUCAAAUGAUGGUCAUCGCUGACUACAACAAUUAUCGUAUCGUCCAAUGGAAGAUGGGUCAUUCGAGUGUACAAGUGCUAGUUGGUGAUAAUGGCAUAGAAAAUCGAUUGGAUCAAUUGAAUUGGCCCGAGUCCUAAGAUGGCCUUGUCUUAGUGGCACAACUCAAGAAGAAAUCCUCAUCGAUGGCAUCGAUUGUUGGGAAUUUGCCAUGGAUGAACAGAGGUGUCUCUACAUCUGAAACACUGUCAGAGAUCAAGUCAGACGAUAUCAGAUAGGAGACAAAAAUGAAAUCAUUGUGGCUGGUGGCUAUGGACAAGGUGCUGGUUUAAAUCAACUCAACGAUCCGAGUCAGAUUUUUGUCGAUCGACAACAGGCUGUUUACGUAUCAGACAGAGAUAAUCAUCGCGUGAUGAAAUGGAAUAAAGGUGCAAAAGAAGGAAUACUCGUCACUGGAGGUCAAGGUGCAGGAAACGCUCUGACACAAGUGUCAUAUCCUAUGAGACUGUUUGUCGAUGUAUUGGGUACCAUCCAUGUGACAGACUCGUUAAAUCAACGGGUGAUGAGUUGGCCUAAAUAAGCGAAACAGGGCACUGUUACUGUAGGUGAAAAUGGUUCGGAACCAGAUAAACAUCAAUUUCAGUAUCUUCGAGGUUUAUCGUUCGAUCCUUGUGGUAAUCUCUACGUUGCCGAUAGGGAGAAUAAUCGAGUCCAACGUUUUUCUAUCGAGUAGACUCGUAAAAUAUUGGUUUUGUUUCUUCUUUCAAAUAAAUAACCAUGAAUAACAGCUUGUCUAGCUAAUGACGAUUCAACGUGAUCAAAGUUGCAGUUCAGAUUUUUUAAAUAAAAGGUAGAUUGGUUUGUGGAGCAAAUUCAACGAUAAAAGGAGAUGACUCUGUUUUUUUUAUUUGUUUCAUUUGGUGCAAAACGAGAAUUCAAAACAGUAUGUAUGAAUUAAUGGUACAAGUGUGCAUCCCCAUAGUACACAAAAAAAGAUUCUCAGCAAAUAUUCUACAUAGUUUUGUGAGAGAACUUUGACAUGAAAAUAGUCAUUAAUGAAGAGGCACUAUUUUAGUCUCUUUGAAAAAUGUCAACCGCUUUCUGAUUUUAAAAAAAUAAUCUCACAAAACUACCAGAAGACAGAUGAGUGCAUUACCAUGUAGAGGAUUUGUUAAAUUUAUUACCUUAUUACAUGAGACCUUUCUAACGAGUAGUAUUAAUAUACUUCUGACUUUUGACGAGUUAUCAUAUGCACAUUUUAGAACUUUUCAAAAUCACAUCCGAAAGGAGAAUGAAUUGUAACGCACUCAUGCAAUGUUUCUGUCAGAUAGCUAGUUAAAUUACUGGCCACGAACUUUAUGUUCGGCUCUUUUGUCUACACAUGAACGCUAACACAGAAUCUAUUACGAUUUAGCUGUAUUAGUUUAAUGAAGACAUAAUACAUCUAAUUUUCAAAUAUUGAGGAAUUUUCAAAUCACUUUCACGGUAAAAGUUGUGUUUCAUUGACAUAUUUGGUAGUCCAAAAUUCACUCUAUCGAGAAAAAUUUCAGUACUUUCGUUGCGACUCGAACGAACGACUAAUUUUUUACCAAUAAUAGAGGUAUGUUUGCUCUUUAAAUCUAUACGAACAUCAUUAGAGAGAAUGCUAGUUGAGUGCCACUAUUGACCUAAACAAAAAAGUUUGGCAUUUGCACAGAUAGCGAAAAAACAAUAUACUAUGAAGAAAAAUUAAUUUAUAAGUAUUAAGUUAAAAGAAUAGAGUACAGUCAAUGGCAUCUCAAUUAUUACAAGUGCAAAAGUAUGAGCGAUCAACUUUACUAUUUAACAAAAUAUUAUGUGUAAUAUGUGAGAGACUUCUGGCAUUUAUUUCUUGAGAAUUUAUGUACUGUGGAAUCGUGUGAAAUUUAUCUCCAAAUUCUUAGCAACCUAUUGAAAAGUCCCCAUAAAUCCCAAUCAAAUAUGUCCUGAUCACUGUUGGUGUAAUCAACGUCGAUAGAUGUACACAAUAUUGUCUUCUAUUAUCACUAAAAAUGAUAAUCAAUCUAGAUAGGAAACACCGAUUUUUAUCUGUACACUUAUUUUAUGAAGAAAUUUUCAAUGAAAUCAAUAUCGAGUUGUUGAUAUCAAUAGGUCUAGACAUUUUCAAUUUAUUAAGACAGAAAUAAAUGUGAAAAUUCUUCUGUUCUGGGGUCAUCUGCUUAAAUAUUUCUUAAUAUGUUCCAUCAAUGUUUUCGACAUUUUUUUCUGCCUCCAUGAGAAUAAGUAAGAAUUUUAAGAACUUAUCAGUAAUUAGACAUGUUGCAAUCAUGACUCAUUUCAACAAGAUUGAAUUGACUUAGGUCUAGUUUUAAAAUUAACAUUGCAUGAUGUUUGAUAGUUUAAUGCAACGAUACUAUUAUAUUUUUAAACUUAUAAAUUUUGUAGAUAAAAAAAAUCAAGGUCGGAAAAAAAAAUAUUCUAUUGACUUUUAACGUUCUCAUUUUUCAAAAGUACAAAACUAUUUCAUAUUCUUCGUGCGAGAGAACAUAAUAGAGCUAUUCUUGAUAGGAGAAAGAAUACUACACAAUAAUCAAAUAAGACACAAAUAUAACCUGGAUAUAGGUGUCAUCAUCUACAAACAAUCCCAGUCCUUUACUAAAAGCUAAUAUUUUCUCACGUUUUUUUCAUUGGUAAGUUGUAUCUUAUCAUUUUAUUUUUGUUAAUUAGCAUUUCAGUUAUGUAGUUGGUUAUCUUCUUUAAUUACGAAAAGUCAUCAACAAGGAACACUUCAUCUCAAUGAUCUUUAUGAUAUUCCUACUUAUCUUGAAUCAACAUCAUUGACUAAUAAGUUAGAAGCAAAUUGGUUGGAUGAAAUAAAAAAAUGUCCACAAAAUCCGAGUCUAAUUCGAGCUACAUUACGCACUAUAGGAUGGAAAUUGAUACUUAUUGGUCUUUUAUUAAUACCUCUUGAAUCAUUAAAUAUUAUCCAACCAUUAUUACUCAUCUAUUUCAUUGGAUUUUUUGAACCAUGUUCAACAAUAUUUGCUUGGCAAGCUUGGUUAGCAGCUUCGGCUGUUAUCAUAGCACUAUUAUGUAUAAAUCUUAUUUUUCACCAAUACGUUUAUCGUGUUGUCAUGUGUGGUAUACAAAUGCGAGUAGCUUACAGUGGUUUAAUCUUUCGAAAAAUACUUCGUUUAUCAAUUCAUUCAAUGAAUAAUUACGCUUCUGGUAAAAUUAUGAAUUUAUUAGCAAAUGAUGCUAAUAAAAUAGAAAUAGUUCAUUUCUGUUUUAAUUAUUUAUGGGUAUGUGUUUUUUAA